AUGAGGGCAGCAAGGUUUCCUGGGACGGUGGCACGAUUCACUUCGUCGCAUUUUCGAUCUCAAAUCAAAAGUCGUGAGGCAACCUUGACUACAGGUUUCCGAAAUCAGCGGAUUUCACAGCAUCAAUACAGGUCCCAGCGAUGGUUUACAGUGUUGGGUGUUGAAUCUUCCUGUGACGAUUCUUCCGUGGCUAUUCUUCAAAUCCCAGAUUUUGGGAAGCCAACUCUUCCGUUUCAUGGCAAGAUAACUGCUGAUACGACUAAGUUUCUGGGAAUAAAUCCGAUAACGGCGUUUCAGUCACACCGGCGUAGCCUAGCUCCAUUGAUACAAGACGCUAUAAAGCACCUGCCUGAUGGCCGAAAGCCAAAUAUUGUCGCUGUCACACGUGGCCCAGGGAUGGUAUCAUCUCUUGAUGUCGGACUUGAAACUGCUAAGGGUCUUGCUCUAGCGUGGGAUGUUCCACUUGUUGGCGUCAAUCACAUGCAAGCUCAUGCUCUUACGGUGAGGUUGUGUAGAGCUUUGGAAGGCAAUGGACUCGAUAACCCCCAGUAUCCCUUUUUAAGUUUGCUUGUCAGCGGCGGCCAUACUAUGAUUGUUGUGAGCUGGAGCUUGACUGACCAUGAAGUACUGGCUGAGACGAUUGACACUGCCGUUGGGGAUUGCAUCGACAAAGUUGCUAGAGUCGUCGUGCCGGAAGAAGUUGUCAAGUCUAAAAAAGAUACAAACUAUGGCAAAAUGCUUGAAGAGUUUGCAUUCUCAGGCGGCAUCGAUAGCAAGUACGAGGUCUCAAAGACCGAUCUAAUUGGAGAUCGGCUACAGGAGCGAUAUGGGUGGCGAUUGCCUGUGUCGCUAGGUGGUGCAAAGAAAGGGGGACACCGGGGCCUCAUGAAAUUUAGCUUUGCAGGUCUGAGGAGUAGUGUCGAUAGGCUAGUUGACACGAGAAGAAAGAUGAAAGGGGAUGACUGGGCCGAAGUCGAUGAGCGUAAGGCACUCUCACGAGACGUGAUGAGGCGCUGUUGGGAGCACCUUGCAUCUAGGGUUAUUAUGACCCUAGAAAGCUUACGCGGAAAAGAUGUAGAUAUCGAGACUAUUGUAGUCAGUGGCGGUGUUGCCUCCAAUGCAUUUCUACGAGAAGUCCUUCGGAAGCAGCUUGAUUUCAAUAGUUUUGACAAGGUGGACCUUGCAUUUCCACCAAUCGAAUUUUGCACCGACAAUGCCGCAAUGAUUGCAUGGACCGGCUAUGAAAUGUAUCAAGCAGGCUAUGAAAGCACCUUGGAUAUUGCACCAUUCCGAAAAUGGAGUCUGCAGCCGCUUGAUGAGGCAAUCCACGAUGUCGAAAAAGACUGGGAAGAGAAUGCAUUUGGCAUUUUGGGAGUAAGUGGAUGGAAGCGGCGGACUGUCGACUAG